AUGGCAACUCAAACACCAAAACGGGACAUGGCAACUCAACCAACACUACGGGACAUGGCAACUCAACCAACUCUACGGGACAUGGCAACUCAACCACCACGGGACAUGGCAACUCAACCAACACUACGGGACAUGGCAACUCAACCAACACUACGGGACAUGGCAACUCAACCAACACUACGGGACAUGGCAACUCAGACAACACUACGGGACAUGGCAACUCAACCAACACUACGGGACAUGGCAACUCAACCAACACUACGGGACAUGGCAACUCAACCAACACUACGGGACAUGGCAACUCAACCAACACUACGGGACAUGGCAACUCAACCAACACUACGGGACAUGGCAACUCAACCAACACUACGGGAUAUGGAUAUGAGGACAAGGACGCAAAGAGGUCAGAAGCAGCUUUAUUUACUUCGUUUUACAUAUUUUGUAUUUAAAGUUAUCGGCACUCCACCAGCCACAAUAGUUAUCGGCACUCCACCAGCCACAAUAGUUAUCGGCACUCCACCAGCCACAAUAGUUAUCGGCACUCCACCAGCCACAAUAGUUAUCGGCACUCCACCAGCCACAAUAGUUAUCGGCACUCCACCAGCCACAAUAGUUAUCGGCACUCCACCAGCCACAAUAGUUAUCGGCACUCCACCAGCCACAAUAGUUAUCGGCACUCCACCAGCCACAAUAGUUAUCGGCACUCCACCAGCCACAAUAGUUAUCGGCACUCCACCAGCCACAAUAGUUAUCGGCACUCCACCAGCCACAAUAGCCACUGCACUAUUCAUCAACUUUUCCGCAACUCAUAUAAAUAGGGUGAAUAACAUGAAUAGUGAUGAUGAGGGUGAUGAGUACUGCACGCAACUAGGUCCUGUCAAUACUACAGGCGACGAGUCUACCAAUAAUCCAAAGUGCAGGUCUGCCAAUAAUCCAAAGUGCGGGUCUGCCAAUAAUCCAAAGUGCAGGUCUGCCAAUAAUCCAAAGUGCAGGUCUGCCAAUAAUCCAAAGUGCGGGUCUGCCAAUAAUCCAAAGUGCAGGUCUGCCAACAAUCCAAAGUGCAGGUCUGCCAAUAAUCCAAAGUGCAGGUCUGCCAAUAAUCCAAAGUGCAGGUCUGCCAAUAAUCCAAAGUGCAGGUCUGCCAAUAAUCCAAAGUGCAGGUCUGCCAAUAAUCCAAAGUGCGGGUCUGCCAAUAAUCCAAAGUGCGGGUCUGCCAAUAAUCCAAAGUGCGGGUCUGCCAAUAAUCCAAAGUGCGGGUCUGCCAAUAAUCCAAAGUGCGGGUCUGCCAAUAAUCCAAAGUGCAGGUCUGCCAAUAAUCCAAAGUGCAGGUCUGCCAAUAAUCCAAAGUGCGGGUCUGCCAAUAAUCCAAAGUGCGGGUCUGCCAAUAAUCCAAAGUGCAGGUCUGCCAAUAAUCCAAAGUGCGGGUCUGCCAAUAAUCCAAAGUGCGGGUCUGCCAAUAAUCCAAAGUGCGGGUCUACCAACAAUCCAAAGUGCGGGACCAUAUUUAACUCUUAG